AUGGAUAAUAAAAUUUCAGAACUUACCAAAAUUCUUAAAGAAAGAAUCAAAAAUUACGAAUUGAAAACCUUACCGAAAGAACAGGGUAAAGUAGUUUCCGUGGGGGAUGAUAUCGCGAUCGUGCAAGGAUUGGCUCAUGUUGGAUAUUUAGAAAUUAUUAAAUUUGAAAACGGUUCUCGAGGAAUUGCGAUUGUUUUAGAAGAAAAUUCCGUCGGCGUGGUUAUUUUAGAAAAAGGCAUUUCCAUUAAAGAAGGGGAUGCUGUUUAUCGAACAAAACAAAUUAUUUCAGUUCCCAUUAGUUCGCAAUUUCUCGGAAGAGUGAUUAAUCCAUUAGGGCAUCCAUUGGAUGGCGGCGAAAAAAUUCAAACAAAUAAUUACUCCGUGAUUGAACGCAUUGCUCCAUCCGUUAUUCAACGAGAAUCGGUAAAUGAACCGCUAGAAACGGGAAUUUUAGCCAUUGAUGCUCUGAUUCCGAUUGGCAAAGGACAACGAGAAUUAAUUAUUGGUGAUCGACAAACCGGAAAAACGGCAAUUGUUCUUGAUACUUUAAUUAAUCAAAGAGACAAGAAUGUGAUUUCUAUUUAUGUGGCAAUUGGGCAAAAAAGCACUUCAAUUUUAGAGGUUGUGAAAAAACUUAAACGAAAUAAAGCAAUGAAAAAUACGAUCGUCGUCGCAUCUUCCUCGUCCGACACGGAGUCAUUAAAAUUCAUUACACCAUUUGCGGGAAUUACUAUUGCCGAGCAUUUUAUGCAACAAGGUAAAGAUGUAGUUAUUGCCUUUGACGAUUUAACUCGUCAUGCUAUGGCUUAUCGAAGUUUAUCGCUUCUUCUUUCUCGUUCACCCGGAAGAGAAGCUUAUCCCGGCGAUAUUUUUUAUUUACAUUCACGUUUACUUGAAAGAUCAGCAAAAUUAAAUAAAAAAAAUGGUGGAGGUUCCAUUACUGCAUUGCCAAUCGUUGAAACCCAAUUAGAAGAUAUUUCCGCCUAUAUUCCUACCAAUAUUAUUUCCAUCACGGACGGACAGAUUUUUUUGAUGAACGAUUUAUUCAAUGUCGGCAUUAAACCGGCCAUUGAUUUCGGUUUAUCCGUUUCUCGAGUUGGUUCAAAUGCUCAAAUUAAAGCUAUGAAACAAACAAUCGGAACAUUAAAAUUUGAUUUGUCUCAAUAUCGAGAAUUAAAAACAUUUUCUCAAUUUGGUGGCAGUUUAGAUAGUAAAACCAAAAAUAUUCUCGAACGCGGCACCAAAAUUAUUGAAAUACUCAAACAAAAAGAAGAAGAACCCUUACCUCAGUGA